AUGCAUUGCCACAGUGUUCUAUUUUUUCUCACCAUAAAUGCUGUUUCAUCAGUAAAUAAUAUCGAUGAGGUACGAAAAGCAAAAAUUCAAGAGUUAGAAUCACAGCUUCGUCAAGUGGAUGCCGAACUAAACAAUCCCCCUCAUCGUAGUCUCAUGGGAUCCAUGCGAUCUGUCAAAAGCUCACAGGAUAGAGAUAUCAUCUCGCAAUAUGGGCCAUCCAAAUUCGAUGUAGCGCUCGUGAAUAAUGGUGCACCGUUACAUAAAACACAAAAAUCAGUUCGAGGACAGAUGCGAAAAUUUGUCGGCGGUAAUGAGAGAAAAUGGUUUACAAGACGAGGGAAAGGAAUCGGUAUGGCGGCAAUGGUUGCGCUUAUAGUGUCUAUCAGUGUCAUCGUAUGGGGUACUUUAACAAAAUGGAAGUUUAUUAACAAAAACGAAGUGACCUCGUCAGCACAAUUACAAGACCAACUAAUCCGGCUGAGUACAAUGGCAUUCACUAUGGGCUCGUCGACAUUUGACGAAAAAACAACAGUGUUUGCAUCACCAUCCCAACAAACAAUAACAACGAUCGCAAAAGGCGUUGUUGUCGCAACAUCGAAAACAGUAUCAACGCUGACAAACCAUCUGCUUCUAUCGACUGUCUUUUCUGUCCCAGCAAACGAAAAGCAUCCUAAGAAUGAAGAAAAACUUGAAGAAAAGACAAAAUUACUGUUGAUUACGUUUUCCGGUAUUGCAGCCGCUUUGAUACUGCUGGUUGCUGCGGUGCUUUUUCUGAUCCAUUGGCACCGUCCACAACAGCAGCAACAAUCAGUCUCAACAGCACCAUCAAUCAAUGCUGAUGUAAGCCCAACUGAUUCGAGAUCACAACGACAAGAAGAUAUCCUACUCACACAAUCUUGA